GUCCUUCACCAUCUUCGGUAUCAUUUCCGCCAGCUACUUGAAGGUUGAGAUUUGAAAACGCAACUGCUUGCCAAAGGAGUCUUCGAAUGACAUGGGCCCGAGCUACGAUUCGUGAAUCGCCUGCAGUCGUUUUUGAGGUCGCCGCUUUUCAAAAUCUCGUUCCAACAUAACUAUAUAGAAGAGUGCUGGUUUUCUGUACUCUAAAUGCCUUCCAUACGACAUUAGGAUGACUUUCAAGUCCUCAAGGCCUCAUCGACAUCAUCCGUGUUUUCGCUGCAUUUACGCGUUGGGUUUCUGGGUUGAAGGUUGAUGAAACAUUGAAAGGACUCGGCACGGUUCAACGUUCAACUGGAACACCCCUCGAUUCCCUCGAUUUCUCCACGCUAUUUUUAUGGCGGUUCACGAAGAUGCGUGGUCGUUACGAAUGACUCUAUAACAACAUUGGUCACCAGAUGUGUUCUUCUUUCUUUCCUCAGGCCUCAGCCUUGAGCCCUUUCCCAGGCUGAUUGGCCACCUGAACGAAUGUUGAACCCUUGUGAACCCCAACGAUUUUCCCAUUACCCAUGUCGACAUCGACUCAGUGGCAAGAACAAAGCAGUGGAACGGAAAAGUUCCCUCAGUUGGACGACUCUAAGAGGGUUAUCAAAGAUGUCGACGUCGAAAUCGUGGUGCCGAAGGAUAUAUUAGAGGAAGGGAGUGUAGAUCCUGUGUAUCAAGCCAAAUCACGGAUUAUUAGCAAGGCUAUUCAGGAGAUAGGAAUGGGGAGGUAUCAGACGUAUCUCUUUCAUUGUGCUGGGUUUGGAGCGUUCGCUGGUAGCCUUUGGCCGGCAGUGGCAAGCCUCAUACUAGGACCUGUAUUGGCAGAAUUCACAUUCAACGGACCCUUCUUACCGCUCGCUUUGAUUGUGGGAAAGAUCGUUGGCGCGUUGUUUUGGAGUUUUGGAUGCGAUAUUUGGGGAAGACGGUGGACUUUUAAUCUCACAUUACUCGUUGCUGGCGUAUUUGCUGUUGUGGCGGGAGGUUCUCCUAAUUUCGUUGCGUUGGCUUCUUUGUUGGCUGCGGUGUGUUUUGGGAGUGGAGGCACGCUGGCUAUCGAUGGUGUGGUUUUGUUAGACCUCCUUCCUGCGAGCCACCAAUAUCUGCUCACUCUUCUAUCAGUAUGGUGGUCGAUCAGUCAAUUAGUUGGUACUUUGGUUGCAUGGCCCCUCCUCGCCAACUUUUCCUGUCCCACAACUACUACCACACCAUGCACCCGUUCCGAAAACAUGGGCUGGAGAUAUCUCUUAUUCGCACUUGGAGGACUUCAGCUCUUCAUGUGGUGUAUCCGGUUCUUCCUAUUCAAAUUCCUCGAAAGCCCUCGAUAUCUGAUCGCUGUCGGGAAAGACACUGAAGCUGUGAGGGUUGUUCAUGAGCUUGCACGGUUUAAUCGUACCACGUCGACUUUGACGGUGGAACAGUUAUCUGGAGCGGGUGUGGUUCGGGUGCCUUUUGAGGGGAAGGGGAAGGUGGGGUUGGGAGAUGUUGUUGUCCGUGGAGCGAAGAAUGUGGGAUCUUUGUAUAGAACGAAGAUGUUGGGGUUAGCGACGACGUUGUUGCUUGCGGUCCGAGGGUUAAUCAGUUUAGGGACAACGCUCUAUGGCUCUUUCUUGCCAUACAUGUUCAUUGUCCGGGGGUUAGAUUUUGGUGAUGGUUCUUUGUACAUCACCUAUAGGAAUCUCUCUAUCAUCGCUGUUGUAGGUAUUCCUAGUUCCUUUUUGGCCGCUUGGAUGGUCGAGUGGCGUUCAGUUGGUCGUAAAGGCACGUUGGCAGUGUCUGCGGCUCUCACUGGUGCUACCCUUCUCGCGACUACUACUUCCCGUACUUCAAAUGCUCUGCUGGGAUGGAACUGUGCAUAUACGUUUUUCGGCAAUAUGAUGCUUGCCGUGAUGUACGCCCUCUCAUCCGAAAUAUUCCCAGCGAAGUAUAGAGGAACUGGGAACGGUCUAGUGACGACUAUAUCGUUUCUUUUCGCCAUCAUGGCUCCUGUUAUUGCCCUAUAUGCUAAUAUCCAGACGGUUGCCCCGGUGUGGAUUGCUGGAGGGUUACAUGUGGUUGCUGGGUUCUUGACGUUGUUGUUGCCGUAUGAACCGAGAGGGAGAACGUCGAUAUAGUUUUACUAUUAUUUUACUCGAAACCCCUCGGGCCUUCUUCGUCUCGCUCUGAAGUUUGCAAUAGUUUACCGAAUUCAAAAAAAAACGAAGGACGAGCAAAAAACUAUUAUUUCAGAGUAACCCUAUUCCUGCUGAAUCCACGAAGCCAGACAAUCUCGGUGUCACUGUUAACGGACCUUGAAAGCUUGACGGACGGAACUACUGAGAAUAAAUGUGGUAAUUGGGUCGAUUUCGGUCGACGUUCCCCGCUGGCCCACAUACCCCCCAAUGUAAUACUUGUUCAUGGUGUGUUGGUUGUGGA